UCAUUGCCAUUAUAACGUUCGCAGAAAUAAUGACUAUUGCAUUGAAUUGUUAUGUUUAACAGAAGAUUAUAGCAGAAUUAUCCAAAAUUAGUGUAAGACUCAUUUAUCAGGAGAGGUGUCGGUCGGGGCGGGGGUGAGAUAAUUUAUGAUACGAGGCUCUGAUUAGUGCAUAAGUGUUUUUUUGACGGAUCCUCCUCCGUUUGCUGUUUAACAGAGGAUGUGCGUUUGCCUUGUCAAUCACUUGCGUCUUCAUGCGCGUGUCUGAAUGUCUCUUUGGCCCCUGGACUCUCAUGGACGCAUGGAUGCAAUUUGUUCCGUUCUCAGACGCAUCACUUAAAUUUGCACAUUCCUGCCAAACAGACAGGCAUCUUGUAAGAUGGGCAGAUGAGAAUUGAUUUAGUCAUGUAAUGCAUGUUCCUCAUAUGCUCUCUGGGUCUCUCUCCAAACAGGUGGCAAGUGGAACCAAAGAUAGCCCAGUGCUGGAUUCCAGAGGGAUAGCAAGAGAGCACAGACCCUUGAGGUGAAGGAGGGUGCAUGGAUCGCUCAAGGACACAGACUUAUGCCUACCUCUGGUUGGGCGUGGUCUCCGUGGCGACAAUCUUCCUCUGUGCAGAGGCCCGAGCCACACCAAGUCCACCCCUCCUCAACAACAUCACAUGUGUCAAUGAGGUUCCUCGUUGCCAACCUGGCAUCAUCUUACCCAUCUGGUACCCUGAGGACCCCUCCAUGGGUGACAAGAUCGCCAGGGUAAUAGUGUAUUUUGUGGCAAUGAUCUACAUGUUCCUUGGAGUUUCGAUUAUUGCAGAUCGCUUCAUGGCUGCCAUCGAAGUCAUCACCUCCCAGGAAAAGGAAAUCAUCAUCAAGCGGCCGAACGGUGAGACGACGACCACGACGAUCCGCGUGUGGAACGAAACCGUGUCUAACCUUACGCUUAUGGCGUUGGGCUCUUCUGCCCCCGAGAUCAUGCUCUCCGUCAUCGAAGUAUGCGGACACAACUUCCAAGCCGGUGAGCUCGGCCCGUCCACCAUUGUAGGGAGCGCUGCCUUCAACAUGUUUGUGAUUAUCGGCCUGUGCGUGUCGGUGAUCCCAGAGGGGGAGGUUCGGAAGGUGAAGCACCUGCGAGUUUUUUUUGUGACGGCAGCGUGGAGCGUAUUCGCCUACAUCUGGCUCUACAUGAUCCUGGCCGUGUUUUCGCCCAACGUCGUGCAGGUGUGGGAAGGUCUUCUCACAUUGGCGUUCUUCCCUAUCUGUGUUGUUCUGGCCUGGGUGGCCGACCGUCGCUUGCUAUUCUACAAGUUCAUGCACAAGAAAUAUCGCACAGACAAGCACCGUGGGGUCAUAAUCGAGACGGAGGGUGACCGCUCCAAAGGCAUCGAAAUGGAUGGAAAGAUGAUGAAUUCUCAUUUUGUAGACGGCGGAGCUGCAAGUAACUUGAUAGGCCUGAUCGAGGGAAAGGAGGUGGAUGAGUCGCGCCGAGAUAUGAUACGAAUCCUGAAGGACCUGAAGCAGAAACACCCGGAGAAGGAGCUGGAUCAGCUGGUGGAGAUGGCUAAUUAUUACGCAUUGUCACACCAACAGAAAAGCAGAGCGUUUUACCGUAUCCAAGCCACGAGGAUGAUGACAGGAGCUGGGAACAUCCUCAAGAAGCAUGCGGCAGAGCAAGCCAAACGUAGCGCUAGCGUCCAAGAAGUUCACGUAGAGGAACCCGAGGAGUUUGUGUCCCGCAUCGUGUUUGAACCUGCCGUUUAUCAGUGUCUGGAGAACUGCGGAGCCGUCGCGCUCACGAUAGAGCGUAAAGGUGGUGACAUCGCUAAGACAAUCUAUGUGGAUUAUAAAACAGAGGACGGUUCGGCGAACGCUGGUGCAGACUACGAGUUUACAGAAGGCACCGUAGUGUUCAAGCCUGGUGAGGUUAUCAAGGAGAUCACAGUCGGCAUCAUCGACGAUGACAUCUUUGAGGAGGAUGAGCAUUUCUUCGUGCGACUCAGUAACGUGCGUGUUCUCGAGACUGAGGAUGAGGUGCUUUCGGCCAGUAGCCUGCCGUACCCGAAUGCUAUGAUAGGAUUUCCCGCCGUCGCCACGAUUACCAUCCUUGAUGAUGAUCAUGCAGGCAUUUUCACCUUUGACAGUGAGUCGAUGCACGUGAGCGAGAGCGUGGGCAUCAUGGAGGUGAAAGUGUUGCGGACGUCAGGAGCCAGAGGAACUGUCAUCAUUCCCUUCCGUACUGUGGAGGGACUCGCUAAGGGUGGAGGAGAGGACUUUGAGGACGCGUACGGAGAGCUAGAGUUUAAAAACGACGAGACCUGUAAAACCAUACAGGUCAAGAUUAUUGACGAUGAGGAAUAUGAAAAAAACAAAAACUUCUACCUGGAGCUGGCAGAACCUCGCAUGGUGGAUAUGAGCCUUCAGAAAGCUCUGUUAUUAGCCGAUGAUAUCCAAGACAGGAAGAUGUCUUCAGAGGAAGAGGAAGCGAGAAGAAUAGCAGAGAUGGGGAAACCUGUUUUGGGAGAACAUGCAAAGAUAGAGAUCAUCAUUGAGGAGUCAUACGAGUUUAAGAGUACAGUAGAUAAGCUUAUUAAGAAGACUAACUUGGCUCUGGUCGUGGGCACAAAUACCUGGAGAGAACAGUUCAUGGAGGCUAUAACUGUCAGUGCAGGAGAUGAGGAUGAGGAUGAGGGGGGAGAAGAACGACUGCCAUCUUGUUUCGACUAUGUCAUGCACUUUCUGACUGUGUUCUGGAAGGUUCUGUUUGCCUGUGUCCCACCCACGGACUACUGGAAUGGUUGGGCAUGUUUUAUCGUUUCCAUAAUUGUCAUCGGCCUUUUGACGACUGUGAUUGGCGACCUGGCCAGUCACUUUGGCUGCACCAUCGGCCUGAAGGACUCGGUCACUGCUGUGGUUUUUGUAGCCUUGGGAACAUCUGUCCCUGAUACCUUUGCCAGUAAAGUUUCAGCUGUUCAGGACACAUACGCAGAUGCGUCCAUCGGUAACGUGACCGGUAGCAACGCCGUGAACGUUUUCCUGGGAAUCGGGGUGGCAUGGUCAGUGGCUGCCAUCUACUGGCAAAUGCAGGGUCGUGCGUUUGAGGUGCAAGCAGGUUCCCUGGCUUUUUCUGUCACCCUGUUCACCAUCUUUGCCUUCUUGGCGGUGGGCGUCCUGCUGUACCGGCGCAGGCCUCACAUUGGUGGAGAACUGGGGGGUCCGCGAGGGCACCGCAUCCUCACCUCGCUCUUUUUCUUCGGCUUGUGGUUUCUCUACAUCCUCUUUUCCAGUCUGGAGGCUUACUGUCAUAUACAGGGCUUCUGAAGAAAGAAACAGGGACAGGGUGGGAAGGGGUCAUGGGCCACAGAUGGAGAGAAAGGUGGACACGAGCAAACUUCUGCUCAUACACGACAGAAUAAGAGCUAAGGACUGAUUCAAAACGCUUGCUAUGGUUUUAAAUAGGAAUGAAAUUGUGGUGUGGAAGAAGAGGAGAUGGGUCAUGCGUCCUUUAGGUCUCUUCAUCCUGAGGAUCAUUAAAUGAAGAGUGUGAAGAAUUUGAUCUCAUCUCCUUUAUGGGUGGGACAGUCUUAACCUGGAGUCUGAGCUUUUCACAGUCUAUAUUUUUCUCAACACAUACUGAGAACAACUUUUUUCUAAUAAAGUAUUUUGGGAAAAAAAGACAAAAAAUAACAAAAAGAAAUAAAGGAUUCAAAGGACUAUUUUCAGAUCUGCUUCCGGGAUAAGAAAUCAUAUUUCAAGAGAAAAAAAAUGAAAUAUAUAACUACAUGAAAUCUGUUAUUGAGUGACAUUUGAAGGACCCAUAAAGUUUAUUUAUUUUUCCUUGUUUAGUUUGGUAAGAACUGACAUCGAGCUUAACCGGCUGGGAUUGUCAGACCUGAGUUCCAGCUAUAGGGAAAGUGGCUUGGAAAAACAGAACGUUAAAUACGAACAAUGGCUGAACACUGCAUUUUCUCCCUGAUAUUCCUGUAUGGAUAUAAUCUGCUUCCAUAUAUUUUCUGUAUUUUUGUGUAUUACUUGCCAAGUGUCGUUAUAUAGGGGCUUUAGAGGGAAGAAAAGUGGGAAAAUGAGGCCUUUUGCAUUUAAAAGUGCUACACUCACAUCCAAACAAACCACUGGUGGAGAUCGCACUGCAUCUGCUAUUACAGUUGUUGUUGUUUUUAAUCUGUUUGUGUUUUAGUCGUUCGGUGUCAUUGAGCACACAUGAAGCACCCCAAAGAGUUUUCCUACACAGACCCACCUCACCCUGAGAGUCGUCCAGUAUAGAAAUACAAGACCAUUUUACCAAGAGUUCCCCAAAUGUGCAUCUAAACACUGUGUGAAGUGUCAGUGAUGUUGUUGGUGAGUGUUUUAUUCAAUGCAGCCGAUGUGGCUUGUAAUGUUUACAGGCAGGGUCCAAAAUUAAUGCUCGCCAGGCAGAACCUGAGUUACAGUUACAAGAAUAUUAAACUUAAGUUACUCACAAGUGGAUGGUAACUUUAUAAGGAACUGCAACAUUGUACAUAGAUUUGUCGGAAUAAUACACUUAGUGUUGGGUCAAAAACUGACAAAAGUUUGACCUAAACAUCCAGCAUAGAUUAAAUUACAACCCAAUGGGUUGGGUCGUCCCUUUUUGACCCAACACUGGGUUGAAAAUAACCCAUGUAAAAGAUAUACAAAUGAUCUGCUAAUAAAUUUGUGACAACUUUUAUGUAAAUUUAUCUCAGAUGUACAGUACUGUGCAAAAUUCUUAGGCCAUCAUGCCAGAAUUAGACUUGUUGUUUUUGCAAUGUUAUAGUGAUCAUAUAUAAUUGUUUCUUAGUCUCUUUAAUAGAAUACAUCCAGAAAAUACAGGAAAUGUGUAUAUAGUAUUAAAAACUGUAUAAAAAUGUAAACUAAUGUGUCAAGUUUUUUGGGUAAACUCCCCUUUCACUUGAGCAAUAGCAGGAAACUGCAGGAUCUCUUAAACCUAAAUGAUCCUAAUUUCUACUUUUAAAGAAAUUACGGUAGUAUUUUUACUUCACUCUGCUCAAAAACGCUCAAGAUGUGUUUAGUGGAGAGAGGUCACACUUAACACCGACGAUGCCUAAAGAAAACAUUUUUGUCCUAAAAAUUACAUUUUUAAUUUUUUGUACAUAUUUCCUGUAUUUGAAAAAUAAAUAUGGAUGGAAACUUCUAAAACAACAAGUCUGGUGGUGGUGUCCUAACUGUGGGUUUACACCAGAUACGAGUUCAAUGAUUUGUGCGAGUAGAUUACAUACAAAGUCAAUGCAAAGACGCGAUCAGAUGCGUCCUCGCUUGGGGCGAUGCAAAUGACGCGAUAUGGGCGGUGCGUUUGCCGUGAAAACACGCGCUAUUCGCCUCAAACGCGUCUUCGUCCAAGUUAAAAAUAUUCAACUCAAGCGAAAACUUCGCAUGACACGAAGUUUAAUCCCGCGAGUAAUCUAGAGCGAGCAAUGCGAUGCGAUUGCACGCUUCGCGUUUGGUGUAAACCUACAGUAACUGUAGGUUUACACCAGAUGCGAGUUCAACGAUUUGCGCAAGUAGAUUACAUACAAAAUCACUGCAAAGACGCGAUCAGACGCGUCCUCGCGUGGGGCGAUGCGAAUGAUGCAAUAUGGACGGCGCGUUUGCCGUGAAAACGCGCUAUUCGCCUCAAAAGCGUCUUCGCCCAAGUUGAAAAUAUUCAACUCGAGCGAAAAAUUCGCAUGACAUGAAGUUAAAUCCCGCGAGUAAUCUAGAGCGAGCAACGCGAUGCGAUUGCACGCUUCGCGUUUGGUGUAAACCUACAGUAACUGUGGGUUUACACCAGAUGCGAGUUCAACGAUUUGCUCAAGUAGAUUACAUACAAAGUCAAUAGAAAAAGACGCAAUCAGACGCAUCCUCGCGUGGGGCGAUGCGAAUGACAUGAUAUGGGCGGUGCGUUUGCCGUGAAAACACGCGCAUUUCGCCUCAAAUGCGUCUUCGUCCAAAUUAAAAAUAUUCAACUCAAACGAAAACUUUGCAUGACACGAAGUUUAAUCCCGCGAGUAAUCUAGAGCGAGCAAUGCGAUGCGAUUGCAUGCUUUGCGUUUGGUGUAAACCCACAGUAACUUUGGGUUUACACCAGAUGCGAGUUCAACGAUUUGCGCAAGUAGAUUACAUACAAAGUCAAUGCAAAGACGCAAUCAGACGCGUCCUCGCGUGGGGCGAAUGACGCGAUAUGGGCGGCACAUUUGCCGUGAAAACAAGCACUAUUCGCCUUAAAUGCGUCUUCGCCCAAGUUAAAAAUAUUCAACUCAAGCGAAAACUUCGCAUGACACGAAGUUUAAUCCCGUGAGUAAUCUAGAGCGAGCAAUGCGAUGCGAUUGCACGCUUCGCGUUUGGUGUAAACCCACAGUAAGACUUUUGCACAGUACUGUAUUUUUUCAGACCUUCAUAAAAAUCACAUAUGUGGAAUUUUCCUCACAUCCGAACUAGUUUUAGUGAAAGACAGAAAUUGAGUUAUUUUGUAUUUAUGUUAUGCUGCGAAUGACUUGCAUUGUUUUACUGUUAUUUGCAAAUGAGAAAAACGCUGAAUAAUUCAAAUGUGGCCAAAAGUUAAUUUUGGACCCUGUUUACAGGCCUUUACGAAGUGAGUGUAGAAGAGUACAAGCUGACAAACAGCUAAAGAGCCUUUUGUGAUAUUGUUGUGAUAUUGUUUCUGAGUCUAAUAGAAAGAUAUCGUCAGAGGAGAAAUGGUUUUCUACGAAGCUGCAACGCGUCAGCUUAUUGUGGAUCGGUUUUAAGAGUGGUCAUCAAUUCAUCUGACUGACUAAAGUGUUUUUUGUGCCUAUUUUUGCUUUAGUGAGCAAAACAGGAGGAUGCGUGAGGGGUUUCUGCAUUAUCAAGGGAAGUGAUGACAAAACAUAAUUGUUCAGGAUGGCCAAUAACACGCAGAGCACAGAACCAAAGAACAGAACCCCAGAAUCUCACCUGGAAACUGCAGUGGUUCUCUGGGCCACUGGGGGGCCACAUGCUCCGCAUGCUCUGUUUAUACAUCUCAUGCAUUUUUUGUGUGUAUGUUGGUGUGUGUCAUCACCAAAUUAGGCCAAAUCAGUCGUAAGCUGUUCACCAGUAUUAAGUUAAUUUUAAUAUGUUUACAUUCAUGUGCAGCUGUGUGUGAGUGUGUGUUUUGAGAGAGAAUGAGACCUGGUGAAAAUGUCUUCUCUGAAUCUUUCUCCAACUAAAUGCACUAAAACACACACAAUUAAAGGUGCACUGUGUAACUUUUAGGAGGAUCUCUUGACAGAAAUGCAAUAUAAUAUACAUAACUAUAUAUUCAGUGGUGUAUAAAGACCUUAAAUAAUGAACUGUAUUGUUUUUAUUAACUUAGAAUGAGCCGGCAUACACCGUGGGUCCCCUUACAUGGAAGUCGCCAUUUUGGACCGCCAUUUUUCUACAGUAGCCCAAAAUGGACAAACUGCUCUACAGAGCGCAUUUCGUCACUACGUCUCAGAUGAUGACGACAUGCUGAUUAGCUUCUAUGUGUUUCGAAACGGAGGGCUGAGCUGUGGAUGCUGCUAAAAUCUACACACAGCACCUUUAAUGUAUUUUUUAUGUUUUUACAUUUUUAUGUUUUUGCGUAAGGCACUGCCAAAUUCAGAAAUAACAGGAGACCUGCCUCCAGUCUGCGUGUUUAGAUGGAGACAAACAGUUUUUGUCCUCAUACUCAUACAUAAGCAGCUCUGCGCAACCAGAAGUUGGCAGGAGAAAAAAUACAGUGGGGUUUAAAAGUUCAAUAGUCUGUACUGAAAUGAUGUUAAGUAAAUUAUGAAAAAUGUAACAUAUAUAAGCCACUAAUAUGAUGUAUGAAAAGUCCAGGUGCUAACUAAAAAGAAAGAAAAUGUAAAUAUUCUCAACAGUGGUCAAAAGCUUUUAGACCCCACUGUAUGUUUAUAACUAUAAAUAUCACAAUUACGCUAUUAUUGCCUGAGCACUUAUUUGGGGAGUUGAUGAGGUUGAAGGAGCUUUGCAUGAGAAAUAUAAUCUUCAACACAUCUGAUUAUGAACAUAGUAAUGCUUGCAAGAUUGGUGUGUGUGUGUGCAUUGCCAGUGUUUGUGGGUACCUUUGAGACGGUUUGUGGUAGCAGUAUUGUAAACCCACAUUCAGCAUAGAGUCCGAUGCGUUCUUUCACUGGACUUUGUCUUGGAAACAGUUGUUUGGCAGUGCUUUUCUGUUUCUGCCUUCAGUCAACUCACACAUAUGCAUUUGCCCACACAUAUACAUUUUAGUUAGCUAAACAGUGCUGAUGCCUGAGAAGGGCUGUUUUGAAUAGAAAUGGCUGGGUCUCCAACUGGUGAGAUGGUUGAGCAGACAGCUGCACAUCAAUUUCUUGCCAGUGUUGAGCUUCUAUACUGCCAACUAACACUUCCAGCUGUUUAGAUGCAGAGAUUUAACAGAGAUUUCAGAUGAUGUCACUUAUAACCUAAGUCACUUAAGUCUUACAAUGGUAUCAGGGGUCAGACUCUCUACACACACGCACACAAAAACACUCCUCUUCAGCCUGACUAUGAAGCAGAUGGUGAUUAUGUUCAUCUAUUGUUGUUUUCUUAAUUUCUGUUUUUUACUCUUCUCACACAAAAAAAUCAUGUUUUAUUUUCAGAGAUUUAUGCAUGAAAUUUACCUUAAUUUAAUUAAUUUAUGUCCGCUAAUUUAUUUAUUUUAGAUUCUUUUGGUCAACAGAAAAAUAAAAAGUAUAUUUGAGAAAUU